CAACACAACAAUGUACACUUCCUUGAAACUGGUCUCCAUUGCUACCCUCCUUGGUUUUGCCGCUGCUGCUCCAGCAGCUGAAUCCUCCUCUUCCGGUAACAGCACUUCCUCCUCCUCCUCCUCCUCCUCUGGCGGUGGCGGUGGCGUCAAGAUUGUCAUCAAGAAUCAGUGCGACUAUGAUCUCAACAUCGGUAAGCUCGACAACGGUGCCUCUUCGCCCGAGACGGCCGACAUCUCCAAAGGCUCGUCCAAGGAUUAUCCUCUGGAUGGCAAGUGGCAAGGCCGCUUCUGGGGCCGCCAAUCCAGUGGUGGUGGUGGUGACAAUCCUACUGCAGGUGCAGCCGAUCCUGCCUCUUUGGCCGAAUUCACGUUCAAGGGUAGCGGCGGCAACGACUACUAUGAUGUCUCGUUUGUCGAUGGCUACAACAUUCCCAUCCGCAUUGAGCCCAUCAACGCUUCAAAGGAAGGUGGCAGCGAUAAUGGCGAGCAAUACCAUUGUGGUGCCCCCACGUGCUCCAGCUUGCCCAAGUGCCCCGAUGAUCUCAAGGUGAUGGACAACGGCAAGGAAGUCGGAUGCAAGUCCGCGUGCUCCAAGUACAACACCGAAGAAUACUGCUGCUCCGGUAGCAUGAACACUCCGGACAAGUGCCCAGCUACAGACUAUAGCAAGGCUGUCAAGGAAGCAUGUCCUGAUGCGUACUCUUAUGCCUAUGAUGACAAACAGAGCACGUUCAUGUGCCAGGCCGAAGGCUACACCGUCACUUUCUGCCCUUCGUAAACACACCUCAUCUUUUC